GGCUCAAGGAGACACUGAGCAAACAGCUUUUCAGAGAGCUUCAACUCAGCUGUCAGAGGGGGCAGUUUGGUCUCUGUGCAAGCAAUACUCACAUUCCAAACUGCAUUAGAGAAAAGCCAGUGGGGUUUUAUGCAUUUUUAUUAUCAGUUCCAGACUAGGAAUUUGAUGCUAAUUUUUUUCUUAAAGCCUGUGUUUGCAGCAGAGUUUAUAUUCUGAAACAAAACCAGGAUUGUGAUGUUUUUCUCUCACUAGCUUGCUCUUCUUUAUCUUUUUUCUUCUUCUUUUUUUUUUUUUUCCCUCCCCUUGGCUUUACUCCAAGGACCUUUUUCUGCUUGUUUGCUGCACUCUCAAGAUGAAGCACUGGAUGGUUACAGCAGUGCUGGUAGCACUGGUACAGGUUUCUCAGAGUUUCCCUGCCCUGUACCACCGAGGCUGGUGGAGGCUGCUGAGGGAAGGGGAUAGUUGUGGGAAAUGCGAUCUGACGCUUUGCUCCGAGCCUAAAGACUGUCCGGCCGGGACUGUGCUGGAUCGCUGUGGCUGCUGCCUGGAAUGUGGGAAUGCAGAGGGGCAGAUCUGCGACCUGGACCAGGGCAAUCAUUUUUAUGGGCAGUGUGGGGAUGACCUGGAGUGCAGGUUGGAUGCUGAUGAAGCCAGGUUCGGGGAAGUCCCUGAACCCCAGUGUGUGUGCAAGUCUCAAGAGAGCAUCUGUGGACCUGAAGGGAAAACCUACGAGAACAUCUGUCAGUUCAACAAGGCUUAUGCUGCAAAGAGAAAUAUCAGCAUGAAGCAUAAAGGGCCAUGUGAAUCAGCUCCUGUCAUUUCUAUGCCCCCUCAGGAUACCCAGAAUUACACAGGCAAUGAUGUCAUUUUUGGCUGUGAGGUGUCAGCCUAUCCUAUGCCGCACCUUGAAUGGAAAAAAAAGGGGAAUAAAAUGUUUCUGCCAGGAGAUGACACCCACGUCUCAGUUCAGGCAAGAGGUGGGCCUCAGAAGUACGGUGUGACAGGCUGGCUGCAGAUUCAAGGCCUCAAAAAAUCAGAUGAAGGCAUUUACAUCUGCCACACCAAAAAUAAGUAUGGUGCAACAUAUGCCUCUGCAAGACUGAAAGUCGUUGAUGACCCGUCUCCUCCAUUUGCAUUUACUGCUGGCAGUAGAAGUGCAAGCUACAGCAUUGAAUAUGAGGACUAUUAUGACAAUUCUGAAGAAGAUGAUGAAGAAUAUGAAUCUGGGGACUAUGAUAAUGGAAACGACUCUGAAUAAUAUUUUUAUACAUCUGUUGUCCAAUAAUUUUCACACUGUUAUAUUUACUCGUAAUGUCUGUGCUGUAAAUGGCUCUUCUGAUAACAUAUGUACAUCCACCUUCCUGAAAUUCAGCUUUGGAUAAAGUGUAUCAUGCUACUCUCCAGGAAUAAGAACAGUUGUAACACUCACAUUUAGAUUGUUAAAUAUAAUGCUUCAAUAUGCACCUUUCUACUAAGUAUACCAAAGGGAUCAAAUUUUAUGUUAAUUUUAAAAUUAUUUUAUAAUUUCUUUCACACAUUCUAAUUUGUCUGGCAAAAAUGUCAAGAGUUAAACAAAAUUUUUACCUUGUAUCAAUUUCCUUUUUUUUAUAAUGUACUAAAAAAUAUCAAAAUAUCCAAAGAUUGUUCACAUGGCAACAAGCAUAAGUAAGUAUGGAGGUUGCAAACUAGUCUUUAAUCUCCUUAGUUCCUGUUUUCUCUUACGUUUCAGCAAGAUUUUCCUUCUCAUUUGAAAUGUUCCAUGAUUAAACUCAUCAAAGGUGAAUUAUCUGUCUUUUGGGGGAUUAUUUUGUUUACUUUCAAUAGAUGCAUGAAGCAAAGCCCAGCCUAAAGCAAGGAAGUGCUGUUUUACUGGCAACACUCAGACAUACCCAGAAAAGAUCCCUGGUGGGUUCAAGCAGCUGAGCACACCUUUGAACUCCUCUUUGUACCAGCUCCUGCGUGUCUUCUC